UAACAUAUCUUCAUUUCUGUCUAUUUAUCAGCAAACAUUCAACAUUAAGUAAUUUCGUGCAUACUGAAACUAACUUACAAUCCAUUGCUGUCAAGUUUCUGCCAUUAAAACUCACACUUGCACCACUGGAUGGCGCUGUUUUACGCACCGCCAUCCAAACCAAAUCCUGUGUGAGGUGGAAGUUUUUCCCCUUCUCUCCACGUUCAGUAAUUUGACACCCAAAAGACUGAGAGCAGAGAAGGAUGGACCCUUAACUCGGCUGGAAGGAGAGAAGGAAGGAACAGUCAUCCAGCGAGCGCAAACGAGCAGGGACACGAGCAGAGGCGAAGCGUUGUGCGUAAAAGAGAAAAAAAAAAAAAAAAAGAAAAGAGAAAGAACCCCGUGGCUCCGGCAGCGGAGGAGAACUGGGUGCCUGCGCGUCUCCACAAAAAAAAAAAAUUACUGGCUGUCUCGUCUCAAAUGGUCUCAAAGCGACAAGUUUCACUCUCCACAGGCGGAUGGGUGACUUUCCACGGCGCUUUGUGAGGAGGAGAUGAUGAAGAAUUUCAGCAGCAGUCCCCUUCACAGCAACAACCAGACUCCCAACCACAUCAGAGAGCGGAACAUCCGAAAGUACGGCUUACUCUCUGCGAUACCGUUGCGAUUCUCCCUGCGUGGUUAUGGUUUCUGCAUGGCUACGCUGUUCCUCUUCUGUUUCGGUUCCCUUUUUUACCAGCUGAACGGAGGACCUCCUAAAAUCCUGCUGGACAUCAGGCAGUAUCUCGGGGUGUAUGGAAAAAAUCACUGGUCAGUCAAAUUGGCCACCGGCAGGCUCUUUAUCCAUAAGGACAGGGUAGCAAGACAUCUGGUGUCGUGCCCACAUGUCCACAAGGCGAGACAAGGUGAAUCCACAUAUCUGGAUGACCACGGACCCCCUGCGCCAAGAGUGCUCCCGUUCCCCAGCCAGGUGGUUUACAACCGUGUGGGGAAGUGCGGCAGCCGGACGGUGGUCAUCUUACUGAGGCUACUGGCCGAGAAGCACCAGUUCAACCUGGUGUCCUCUGACAUCCACAAUAAAACACGCCUCACUAAACAUGAACAGGUGAGCCACACAGGAACCUGGACGCCAGCGCUCGCCUAGAGGUGCUAAAAGGCCAUCAGCUGAUCCCGUCUCGAUCACAUUUCCAACGUGUGCUUUUUGACAGCCACAAAAAGUGCAUGUGACCAGCGGGGAACAUAAGCAGAAAUCUCACAGAAAAAUAACACACAAUUAGCGAAUGUUUCACUGAAUCAUGAGUCAAUCAGUGUAGAAACGCCAACAGUGUGACGGUUCCAGCUCCUCCAGUGUGAAGGUUUUCUGCUUUUCGUGGUUUUAUAAAGUAAUUGUACAUGUUAGUGUGGUUGUUGGACUUUUAUUUGGCUAAAACCAGCACUGUGACAACAUCACUUUGGGCUCUUGGAAAUUAAACGUUCUUUUUUCACUCGUUUUUUAUAUUUAAU